CGCGCGAAGAGAGAGACACCUCUCCACCUGAACCCAGCUGCAUUAGUCAACCCUUCAUGAAGGAAAAAACUACAAGUGUAUUUGGACAUUUAUUAGAUGCUUAAAAACACAUAGCUGUUUAAAUAGUUGACCCAAUUUGGAUGUUUUAGUCAUACAAAGUUGUGUUUUUCUCAAGGAGAAAAAAAGAGGAUUGUUUGCUCACCGCAACAUAACUCAUUAUAGUGAACCAGUUUAAACUGGAGGAUGAAGAUGAUGUGCUGGCUCCUGAUGUUGGAUCUUAGACAGAGACAUAUCCAGUCAUUCAUCGCUGAAACGGAGGAGAGUCUGAUCAGUUAGUGGAAGCGCUCCUGAAACCAGAGGACCAUGCGCUGCUUUUGAGCCCUUUGGUGACACAAAAAUCAACGGUUCCUUGUCAAAUCAGUGCCUGUAUCCAAAUAUGGUGACCCAGGGGCCCAUGUGCAACACCUCAAUCCCAGACUAUACAAACCAGUCCAAUGAAACCACAGAUUCUUCCCUUCAACUGAAUGGGGACUCGAUGUCCGAGGAGGACAGCACGAAGGUCCUGGCCGUAAUCUACGUCGUGGUGUUCAUCGUGGGUUUGACGGGAAACUCUCUGGCCAUUUUCGUGGUCCUGCGCUACACCAAAAUGAAGACGGUCACCAACAUGUACAUCUUAAACCUGGCAGUGGCCGACGAGCUGUACAUCCUGGGACUUCCAUUUCUCACCACCCACAACGUGCUCACCUACUGGCCCUUUGGCAACUUCCUCUGUCGUAUUCUGAUGUGGGCAGACUCCAUCAGUCAAUUUACCAGCACAUUCUGUCUGACAGUAAUGAGCAUUGAUCGCUAUAUGGCUGUGGUGCAUCCCAUCCGCAGCACGAGGUGGCGGCGACCCAGUGUUGCCAAGGUGAUAAAUAGCAUGGUGUGGGCCCUGUCCUGUCUGCUGACACUGCCAGUCAUCAUUUACUGUGACGUUCAGCCGGAGCUCAACACCUGCAACCUGAGCUGGCCUGAACCGCGUGAAUUGUGGUCAACCGCUUUCAUCCUCUACACCGCCAUACUGGGUUUCUUCUGCCCACUUCUAAUCAUCUGCCUGUGUUACCUGCUCAUUGUAAUCAAGGUAAAGUCUGCUGGUGUACGAGCAGGGCUCUCCCAACGCCGUAGGUCUGAGAAGAAAGUGACAAGAAUGGUGGUGAUCAUCGUGGUGGUGUUUGCCCUGUGCUGGCUGCCGUUUUUCUUUCUUAACAUCUUCAACCUGAUCAGCACUCUCCCAGAGAACGGCCUCGUCUCCGGCAUCUACUUUCUCACCGUCAUCCUGACCUACGUCAACAGCUGCGCCAAUCCGCUGCUCUACGGGUUUCUGUCAGACAACUUCAAGAGGAGCUUCAAGCAAGUGCUGUGCAUCCACAGGGUCAACGGGGUCAGCGAAGUUCACCCUGUUCACGCCCGACUCAGCAGGUCCCAGCAGAAUGAGCCCUUCUUCUCUCCAAGAAGCUCUGAUUUCAACGAAAAUGUCCAGAGCGGUCAUUCCACUGGUUUGGAGGCCGAGGCCAGUGCCAAAACAGAAAUCCACCAACUUGGACCAGAAGUGAGCAGCCAGUCCAUAUAAAAGUUGACAGUUGGAUGGAUUUAAUUUUAAUUUUUUACCUUUUUGUUCUGUUUGAGUCAGUUGUCCAAUUAAGUAAAUACGAUUGGACUUGUGGUCAAAAUAUACGGCUUUAUAAAAAGUUCUUCUUGUCUAUGCCUAGAUCAAACACUCUCUGGAGCAGAUAGACAAUACAUUUUCAUAUAAAUAUCAAUCUGUGAUGAGAAGAUAUCAGUGAUGUUAUAUAUAUGACUGUAACUAUGUAUUAUAAUGGCAAAUGGCUCAUCAUAUUGUUCAGCAUGACUGAACGAACCUGGGAAACUGUUCAUCCAUGACCUUUGAACCAAUCUGGAGAGAGGAAGUGGUUUCUGCCGUUACAUUUUGAUUUAUCAGUGGUCGCUUGGUGGUGGUUCUGACUAUUUUCACUCUCGAACAAGCUCUCAUGGUGGAUUUCUGGAUUUCAAAGUGUGUGAUACACAAAUUCCCAGACUUACAUUUCACAAGGGAUUUGGUGGAAAUUCCAAACAGCCGAUUUAUUAAAGGCAGAAUGUCUUAUGAUGGAUGAAGAAGUAGUUGCAGCUGAAGCAAUGGUCAAAACAUCCUGAGAGCAGGAAGGAGCUGCACAGGCAGAAAUCAACAUGUUUUUUUAGUCGAGGUGGAUAUAAUGUACCUGUAUUAUGCUACCUUUGUCUUUAUGUUGUUUGUAUCAUUCCUAAUAAACCUGAACUACAGGAUUACAAUACGUUACAGAUCAAAACACGGGAGUCUUGUGA